AUGGUUUCAACAAAGCGCGGGUCUUUUGGCGCCACGGUGGCGGUGGGCCUGGCCCUGGUGGCUGCCUGGAGUUGCCUUUGGAGACAUGACGAGGACUUCGUGAGCGGCGUGCCUGCUCAGCCUCGCGAGUCUGUAGUGGCCCGUUGCGCCGUGGACAAGGCGAUGAAGGAUCGCAUCGCGUCUGUGACGAAGACCGCCAAGCUCACGGAUGCAAUGCGUGUGGUCGCAGCAGCCAAGGUCCGCAACGCCCAGGCCGGUGUAGAGAAGCAGCGGCCUUUCACCGAUGAGCUCCUGAGCAUGAUCAAGGGCCUGGUGAAGCGGCUCAAGGGCAGUGGCUUUGAGGCAGAGCUGCCUAUGUUGCGAGUGCCUGAGAAGAUCAAGAGCGUCGGCAUCCUCAUGAUCACGGCCAAUCGCGGUCUGUGCGGUGCCUACAACACUUUCAUCAUCAAGAAGACCAAGGCCCGAAUUGAGGACCUGAACAAGCAAGGCAUUGUCCCCAAGCUCUUCAUAGUUGGCAAAAAAGGCCUGAAUUCCCUGUCGACUCGUUUGGAGAAGGGUGUGGAGUUCAACUACACCAACGAGUGGUUCAGCAUGCCUGACACCAUCCGCGCAAAGGACUCCGCCGAAAUUGCUGAUGUGUUGCAGGCCUACUUCCUGGCAGGAGAGGUUGACAAGAUUGAGAUUUCAUAUGGCCGGUUCAUCAACCUGCUCAGAAACGAGCCUUCGAUCCGAACUCUCCUGCCCCUUUCGCCCACCGGUAUUGAGGAUCCAGAGGAUGAGACCUUCAAGCUGACAACCGAAGAUGGCAAGCUGAAGGUGGAGAAGGAGAAAGUUAAGGCUCCCAAGGCCAAGGAGAUUGAGGCAGACGUUAUCUUCGAUCAGCCCCCGGAAGUCAUCCUCAAUUCCAUGCUCCCACUGUACUUGAACUCCCAGAUCCUCUCCUUGAUGUUCGAUGCCCAGGCCUCUGAGCUGUCUUCACGAAUGUCUGCCAUGAAGGUCGCUACUGACAACGCCAACGACCUGAACAAGAAGCUCGUUCUCAUCUACAACAAGAAGCGCCAGGCCGCCAUCACUGCGGAGCUGUGUGAGGUGACGGCGGCAGCAGUGGCGCUUGAGAGCACGGAGAACAAGGCCGGCCCGAACCUCGGCGUCAUUGACAAUGAGGAGACCAUUAGCGAGGACUUCAUGAAGGAGUUGGAAGACGGCUCCAUCUCGGACAAGCCCAAGAAGCCCGAGGAGAUCUUGUUGACGGACCGCUGGGAGUUCAUGAAGUCUCUGCCCAAGGAAGAGCGCUUCUGA